UAAAUCGAUGUAAUUAGCGGCCGUUUCUAUAUCAAUUUUACACCGAUGUGUUUGUUUUACCAUCAUAUUUUGUGAUGUAUUCGUACAAAUAUAAACAGACGAAUUAAUUAACAAAAACAAAUAGUUCGAAGGGUCGAAACAUAGGCCUAGUCAAGAUAAAUUUCCAAUUUCAUGAUGCUCUAUACUUAUCUUAGCAGCUCUAUGAAUAACAAUACUUUUGCGUAAUAUAUGAUACUGAGAAAACGUGCAUUUUAUUAUUGGUUAUAUUAGUAAUAAUAACACAAUGAUUAUUAUAAUAAAUGUAAAUUCUUUAAGUAGAAGUUGCUAUUAAACGAUUUAAUUUUAGUGAUAUUACACAAAAUAUGUAUAUUGCGCACUAUACUGACACAUUAGAUUCUAUAAUAGGCUGAGUCUUAAUUAAGGUAAGCAAUAAUGUCAACACUUUGAUUAAACAACAUGCUCUGCCACUGGGGUUAAAUCAGAGUCAAUCGCAGAAAAGGAUAUGUCAUUGAGAAACUACAAUAUGUAUAUGUUCUAAAUAAGGACUAAAAAUAAUACACAAUGUAAAAAAAGAUUUGGCAAACGACAGAUAGCAAAGAAGUAUCAAUUGCAACAGUUCACUUAAAGUCAUGAAGGCUUGCUUUGUAAAAACUUGAAAAAAAUAUAUAAUAAUCUAUGGUUUUGGAUAAUAUGAUUUGUUUUAAAACACAAGCUACAAUGGCUGACAACACUGAAAGUGAACAGUAUCCUCUUCAUAAAUGCAUCUUCCAAGGGGAUAUAAAAACCUUAAGUUCAUUGAUUAGGACACAUGAUCUCAGCCAAAAAGAUAAACAAGGAAAUACACCUCUGCAUUUAGCUGUGAUGUUAGGAAGAAAAGAAUGUGUUCUGUUAUUACUCGCCCAUGGUGCACCUGUUAAGGUAAAAAAUUUAGCUGGAUGGAGUCCACUAGCCGAAGCGAUUAGUUAUGGUGACAGGCAAACUAUAUCAUCUUUAGUAAGAAAAUUAAAACAACAAGCAAGAGAACAAAUGGAGGAAAGAAGGCCGAGUUUAAUUGCUGCUUUACACCAAAUGGGUGAUUUUUAUAUGGAGUUAAAAUGGGACUUUCAAAGUUGGGUGCCUCUACUAUCAAGAGUAUUACCAUCGGAUAUAUGUAGGAUAUAUAAAAGUGGAGCGUCAAUUAGAAUGGAUACUACUCUUGUAGACUUUAAUGAUAUGAGAUGGGAAAGAGGUGACAUAUCGUUUAUUUUUAAUGGAGAUAAAAAGCCUGGCAAAUCUUUGACUAUCCUUGACAAUAAGGCUAAACUUUAUCAACGUUUGAGAUAUGAGGAAACAGAAGUUGAAAUUGAAAAUGAAGUUGAUAUCCUUAUGUCUAGUGAUAUAAUGGCAACGCAAAUGUCGACCAAAGGUAUAACAUUUACUAGAGCCCAGACUGGAUGGAUUUUUAGAGAAGAUAAAAGGGAAAUGGUAGGACCUUUUACAGCAGACUUUUAUCAAAUUAACGGUAUGGUAUUAGAAAGUAGAAAGAGACGGGAACAUUUGAGCGAAGAAGAUUUGCAAAAGAACAAAGCUAUAAUGGAAUCCCUUACAAAAGGAAAUUCGCAAGGGUUUGCAAACGACGAACCUCCUAUGAGAAGAGCAUCUUUAAAUCCACCCCCAGAGUCGAAUAUUACAUGGGAAGAAUAUAAACUUGCACCUUCAGGACAAUGUCCUCUUUUAGGAAGAAAUAUGGUUUAUAAAGAAAGUAGUAAGCCCUUCAAAGCAACUGUUGCUAUGAGUCCAGAUUUUCCAUUAACAGUAGACAUGCUACUCAAUGUUUUGGAAGUUGUAGCACCAUUUAAGCAUUUUAACAAAUUGAGACAAUUUGUUCUAAUGAAAUUGCCUCCCGGUUUCCCUGUGAAGAUCGAUAUACCUAUUUUACCUACCGUUACGGCAAAAAUAACUUUUCAAGAGUUUUCCUUUCGUGACGAUGUUGAUCCAGAAUUAUUUCAAGUACCGUCGGAUUACUUCAAAGAUCCUAUGAGGUUUGACGUAAGAUAAAUAAACUGAAUUUUUCACAAGGUCCUUUUUGAAGAUAUCAAGAGUACCAUUGAUUUUUUGUUCAGUGGGACCAUAUGCUUUUUUAUGCAUUUUAAACAAAUGCCGCAACCAGAUGAUAUAACGUUUACUUUGAAGUCGGCCUUAAAAAAAUUUUCCGAGCGAAUUAUACUUCGUACAAUUACGCCUACAGAAAGAGAGAGAAAAAAAAAGAGAGAAAAAAAAAAAGAAAAACAAAAAAUAAGAAAAUAAAAACAUAAAAAAAAAUAAAAAAUCACGGAAAAAGGGGAAACUUUUUCCAUAACUUCUAACAUUCCGAAUUGUACAGUGAUUUGGUUGUGAUACAUAGAUUUAUAACUCGUUUAUCUAAGCUAAACUCCAAAACAAAAAAAGUGGACACGUUAUUGUAUUAAUAAACUAUAUCGAUCGGAGAAUAAGAGAUAAUCGUUGGUGGAAAUGACACGAAAAAAAAGAAAAGAAAAGAAAAAAAAAAGAAAAAAAAAGGAAAAAAAGCAAAAAAAAAAUCGAAAAAAUACUGAAAGAAAAAAAGACUAAAUUAAAAAACGCUAUGGGUGUUUCAAAAAAUCAAAAUGCCAAUAAUAAUUAUUUUUGGUAUUUUGAAUAUUGUGUACAGAGAAAUGUCUCAAUAGGAAUUAUGAUAUUGACGUGCACGUGGAGUGGCUUUGGAAAUAUCUACUAUCAUCAAAUUCCUUUUUCUAUAAAUCCGAAAGGCACAUGAAUCGGACAAAUGAAUUCAAAUGGAGUUGAGACUCAUACAGAUGAGCUAUUACAAUACUCCCGAAUUCUAUCAGUCCUUUCAAAUCAAAUAAUCGAUAUCGUCUCGAUUUCGUCGCAUUUCGAGUCACGACCAAACUCAUUCAUAACUUUUGAUAUAUCGAUAUGCAAUCAUUAAGUGAAAGACGACCGUCUGUACUGCGUGUAUGUACCUCGAUAUGCAAUAAUUCUUAAUUUAAUAUUACCUGGUAAAAUGAUCAAUCAAAUAAAAUUUUUUUGGAACUGAAAA